AUGUUCUUUACUUUAGUCAAUAGGACCCUCACGGCUAUUCUAAUUGCCGGUGCCACUCUUUGUCUUUUGUUUAUUAUCCUUUCUGGUGCCGUCAACCAUUCCCCUUUCAAUCAAUUCUACUGGUUACAGGCUCAUACUGCAGACAUAAAAAAUGCGGGGGGUAGUGUUACCAGAUGGACUUACUGGGGUGUCUGCCAUCCUAACAGUGUGAAUUCCUCAAAGAACGGCAACUGUACUCAGUUGGGUCCAGAUAUCCCUCUUUCUCCAUUCGAUAACUUUGGAAACAGCACCAGCUUGCCUCACGAAUUCGUUAGCAACAGAGACACUUACUACUAUCUUUCGAGAUUUUCUUUCCCAUUGUUGUUCGUAGCCUUUGGGUUUUCUGCUAUUUCCUUCAUCGGUCAAUUCCUCACUCCUUGCUGGGCUGCCAUGAGACAUGUUACUUUCUUCUUUGUCUCCCUUGGUCUCAUCUUUUGUCUUGCAGGUGCUGCUUGUCAAACUGCCGUUUCCGUGUUGGCAAGAAAGCAAUUCACUAACUCUAAAAUGGCUGCCAAGAUUGGCGCUUCCAUGUUUGGAUUGGUUUGGGCUGCUACUGCUUGUCUUCUCAUUGUCUUCUUUCUAACAUGCUGUUCUUCUCUGCGCAAGGCUUAUACUGUUCACAGAGAAACUUAUGCCAAUGAUCGGGCUCUUGAAUUGAACGAGGCUCAACAACAGGACGGUUUCCAACCUAUCGUUCCUGGCCAGACAUUGGCUGACGGUUCGCAACCUCAACUGGCCACUGUUCCUGGUGGUUCUGCUCCGGUCGGUGUCCAGCAAACACUUUCUCCAAGCGAAACUGGCGAUGACUAUCUCCAGUCUCAAGGAGCACUUCCUUCCAACGAGGGAGGUAUCAGGUUCUUCAAAAUUAAGAGAAAUAACAAGAAUACCGAUGAGGAAUCUCUAUAA